AGCAUGGCAGUCAGAGCUCUGUGCAUCAGACUGUUGGUGACCCUCAUUAUUCUGCUCAGUGCACAUGAUCCAAAAGUCGAUGCCGUUUCUCUUCAUAUCGUUCCAAACAGACUGCAGUUCUUUGAAUAUGAAUCAGUGAUAUUUUACUGUGAGGGUGCUGUGUACUGGGAAGUUGUGCAUAAUAUCAAUGGAAAAAUAAACUUAUGUAGUCACACCAACAAGAAAACACCAGCAGGAUCAUUCUGCACCAUUAAAAAUGUUUAUACAGAUGACAGUGGAGAGUACUGGUGUGAGACUGAAGGAGGCAAGAGAAGCAACAGCAUCAAUAUUGCUGUCACUGCUGGUUCUGUGAUCCUGGAGGUUCCUGCUGUUCCUGUGAUGGAGGGAGAAGCUGUGACUCUUCGCUGCAGAAACAAGACGACUUCCUCCAACUUCACGGCCAACUUCUACAAAGUUGGACGUCAUGUCCAUAGAAGCUCCACGGGAGAGAUGACCAUCCGGAAAGUUUCCAACGUGCGUGAAGGACUUUACAAGUGCAACAUCUCAGGAGCUGGAGAAUCACCUGAGAGCUGGCUGAAUGUGACAAGAAAAUGGAAUCAUGACACUCAGACAGACCCCUCUUCGGACCCCUGCUGUCAUGUUUACCUCGUCUUCCGGACUGUGUUCACCAUCAUGAUGGUGGCUCUGCUGCUGCUGCUGGUGGUGCUUCUUCACAGUGGGAAAAUCAGAGCUGCUAGAACUAACUCAUGGCUGCCCAGCUGUUAUGGUGAUAAGAGAGAAAAUGAUUCAGCCUCUGAUGACAACUAG